AUGAGUAUACACAGUAUUAUAAAACACUCUUCUCCCGCUGAGGAUACAGAAGAACUAUGCUCAUUGGCGGAGUUAUUCCGAUCCAAGCUAAUUCAAGAUUUUCAUCUUUUGGAUAGUUUAGACGAAAGAGGGCAAAUGGCUGCCCCUAAAUACUAUUCUAAAGAUAUCACCGAUCCGGAAAUAUUGAAAAAUAUCAUGCGCUCUAAUUCCAGUGGUGUAGUCAAAUUCCAGGUGUACUCCAGCAAAGACAAAGCAGAAAUAAAAAUGAAUGACAGACGGAAAAACAGAGUGAAAAAUAAAAACCGAAAAAGCCCUCCAUUAGAUAUGUGGGCUCACUUUGUGUUGGAAAAAAUCUCUGACCGUAACGAUCCAAGUCUGGAGGUGUUGAAAAGAGCAUUGGAUAUUUUUGACUAUUGUUCUCUGAUGUUGUUUAUGUUUGAAAUCAUACUGAAGUGGAUUGAUAAUUUCUGGUUGUUUUGGAAGGAUGGAUGGAAUAUAUUUGACUUUAUCGUUACCGUUGGGUCAUUUAUUCCUGAGAUUAUUCUAUUAACUACGGGCGGUUUUAAGGACCUCACUGUCGUUGUUAGCAACCUGCGUGUUUUCAGAGUGCUGCGGUCACUCAAAAUGGUGUCCAGAUUUCGCCAAGCUAGACUCAUUGCACUGGCAAUUACCAAGGCAUUCGAGGCAAUGACAUUCAUUAUGAUAUUAUUACUUUUGUGUGCGUACAUUUUUGCUAUUGCUGGGGUUUAUUUCUUCGAAAAAUAUUCACGUUCUGAUCGGGAAGACUUACUUUACAAAGACAGUUUUAGUUCCUUACCCAGAGCACUGGUGACGUUAUUUCAACUCUUUACGUUGGACCAGUGGUAUAAGUUACUUACAGAUAUGCGUAAAGUUGUAGACCUGAAGGCAACAUUCUAUGUGAUUACGUGGAUAUGCAUCGGAUCAUUUAUUUUUGGGAAUAUCUUUGCCGGCAUUAUGGUGAACAACUUUCAGAAUAUAAGAACUGAUCUCUUUGAUGAAGUCAGAGAGAAACAAGAAGAACGACAAUUGAUUCUCAACACUGAAAAGUUCAAUGAAGAACUACAGAAGCAAGAUCUGAAAUUGUAUCGAGCCAGAAGACACAGUAUGUUUAUGUCAUCAACUAGCACCGAAGAUACUAAAAGUCAAACUGAAAUCCAGUCAGAAGGCAAAAAUGAAGUUUUACAGUAA